UAAAUAAUUUACCUCUACUACUGGAUGUUACUAACAGCAGUGUUAGUUUGUGCUGCAGAGCUACAAAAGGGUGUGGAGCAGUAGCCUAACACUGCUGAGUGAGCAGAUUGUAAAAGUAAAAGUGAGAACGAGCAAAUGGAGAAGGAGACUCUAACAUUUUGGAUACUUGGUUGGUUCCUGCUGAUUUUAAGCGGUGUUUUAGAGACUUCUAACAGCAGUUUAGUGGAGAGUUUGGAAUCAACACAGGGUUAUGACUACUCCAAAUAUCACUCCAUGGAUGAGAUAUACAGGUGGAUGGAAGAUGUGAAGCAAGGGAACCCAGAGCUGGUCUCCUCUGCUGUCUACGGACACACUUAUGAAGAGAGAAAUAUCACACUACUGAAGUUGGGACUAGAAAACCCAGAGGGCAGAGAGAAGAAGGUUAUAUGGGUGGACUGUGGUAUCCAUGCUCGGGAGUGGAUCGCUCCUGCCUUCUGCCAGUGGUUUGUCAAAGAGAUUGUGAACUCAUAUAAAACCAAUAAGAAGCUGGAGCAGAUGCUGCAGAACCUUGACAUCUAUGUUACUCCUGUGAUCAAUGUGGAUGGAUACAUAUUCACCUGGGCCAAUGACAGCACUCGACUGUGGAGAAAGUCUCGUUCAACCCCUCCUCCAGGCAGUAGCUGUUAUGGUGUUGACCUCAACAGAAAUUUUAAUGCCAACUGGGGAACGGUUGGUGUGUCAUUUGACAGUUGUGCUAACACCUACUGUGGGAAAUCACCAGGGUCAGAGCCAGAGGCUCAGGCUGUGAUGGACUUUGUUGGUAAGAUGGUUAACCAGACUCUGUGUUUCCUCACCAUCCACUCUGCUGGGCAACUUAUACUCUUGCCAUAUGGCCACCCUGAGAUCUCUGCACCCAACUACGAUGAACUGGUUUCAGUCGGCGAGGCAGCAGCAGCAAAAAUGAAGAAGGUUCAUGGAAUGGGCUACACUGUAGGAACAUCUCCACAAAUCCUCUAUCCAAACUCAGGCUCAAGCCGCGACUGGGCUCGUCUCAUUGGCAUCCCAUUUUCUUACACCUUUGAGCUGAGAGACAAAGGUGAGUUCAGCCACUUACUACCAGAGGAGCAGAUCCAGCCAGCCUGCGAGGAGGCCUACGCAGGAGCUCUCUCCAUCAUCACAUACGUUCACGAAAAGACCUUCAACAGUGGUACCCUUCCCAACGCCUCUGUUUUUGGGGUCGCUAUAAUGAUUUGGAGCAGUGUCAUGGCUGUGUCUCUCACCACAGGGGUCAUGGUGUAAGAUAGUGAAAACAUCAAGCAUACAAGGUUGAACCAAAAAUAGAUAGAAGGAGAUACUUGAGAUACUGACAGUGGGAAACCCCUUAAGAAAGGCCAGAGGUGAUGCAUUUUAGCAAAGAAGAGUGGACAGACUAAAAAACAGAGCAACAUGACGGUGGUUUUGUUCCUGCAUUCUGCAGCAGGAGGCAGUGUCACCCCAUUUUGCACACCACUGUCAUCCAUGCAGGCUUCACACGGCCAGACAUAUAUUUUAUAACUUCAUUUUUUCUUUAGCUGUGUCAUGUGGUCUGGGCAGGCUUUUCACGCAGUGUAGUUAUCUAUGAGCUUUGUUGUACAUCUGAUUCUCUUCAAUUCCAUCAUAAAGUCAGAAAAACACACAUUUUGUUUGGCUGA